AUGGUUCUGAAUGCUGCUUGUCAAGGCGAAGAAGGUGGAGCAGAGGACAUCGACUUGGGAGAAGAGCAAAUCAUUGUUGUUGCAGUUACUGCGGCAAAGAGGGCUGCUGUGGCUGCGGCAGAGAGGGCUGCUGUGGCUAUUGUGGCAGAGAGAGCUGCUGCGGUUGCUACGGCAAAGAGAGCUACUGCGGCUGCUGCGGCAAAGAGAGCUGUUGCGGCUGCUGCGACAAAGAGAGUUGCUGUGGCUGCGGUAGAGAGGGCUGCUGCGAUUGCUAUGUCAAAGAUGGCGGCAACGGCUUGCUCGAGCGAGAUGCGGGAACGAGGAUAG